AUGUUCGACGAUCAUACUCGUGAUCGACAAUCAAAUAUGGCCUUGGUUAUAAUAAUUUUAAUUUAUUGUAGCAUGCUUGAUAGACAACUUGCUUAUUUUCAUGAACGAAAAACAGGACUUUGUAUGCUAUUAGAGAAUAGAAGAAAACUUGCAGAAAGUAUUGCUUUAAAAUUUCCUUCCGAUGAUAUAUUUAAAAAUUUAAAAUAUAAAACAAAAGAAGAGAUUAUAUGCAAAGAUAAUAAUAAAAUAUCUGAAAUAUUAAAAAAACAUUCGAAUAUUAUAUAUGAAAUUGCGUUUAUGGUUUUUGAUAAAUAUAUUAUGGAGAAGAGAACAUCAUUUAAAGAAAUGCUUUUGUAA